AUGGCACAACAUAAGUUGUAAUGCCGUAAAAUAUAAUCCUGUUUGAGGGUACAGUCUACAUAGUUUCUUCAACCCAUGAAGUGUUGCGUUGUUUAAUUUCUUUUUAUCUGCGUAAAUUAUUAUAUUUUACGGUUUUACACUGCGCAGCUGCAGCAGACCCUUCGGCGGCGCAGAUGCAAGUAGGGGUCUGGCGUUUGCCGCAGAAUCGAAUCCACAGUGGUUGGUUCUAUGAGAUCACAGCUCGCUCGUCCGCCCAACAAAAACCGACAUUGAAGGGGAUUGUGAAAGGGAAUGAUAUAGGGAAAUGGAGGGAUAAUAGUGGUUGUGUAACAUGGACGUUGUUGCCUCUAUGCAUAGAGUGGUGUCAGCCUAACGCUCCCCGAGGAGCGCAGCAUUUCGUCAGGCCGCUCACUGACCCAAGGAGAGAUCAUGGGAGUGCAGAUGGAGACAAGUAUCUAAGCAACAACACCUGAAACACAGAGCUGCCGCGGGAGAUGGGGUACAAGAUCCCCGGGGCAGCGAUGGACCGGGUCAGCCUGCUGUGGCGUAUGCGCCGGCGGGCACGCAGAGGGGCGCUAUGCAUGGGCUUCUUCUGCGUCUCCAUGGCAUUGCUCUACGCCCUCUGUGCUGAGAACAGCGUUCCCGUCACAGACGCAAUCUUCGGCGUGCGGGCACGCACCCGUGCCCAACCCCGUGCACACUCUGUCAUCAAGGUGCUGCGAGGCGGGGCCAAGCCAAUGUACGUCGACCCUCAGAAGCUUCCAGGCGUCGUCCCUGGCAACCCCCACCGUCCAAUCCCUGUGCUUUCAUCACCAAACCACACCCAGGAGGUUAAGGAAACACAUUCCAAGCGGAAACAGAAAGAGCGGGAGCCCACAGGAUUUCUCGCUUGGCUUUUGCCCCGCCCCUUCAGGCGUGCCAUGGAGACCCUGUUUGGUGGGCGUGGUAGGGGGGAGCUGAGUGGCGCAGGAGAUGCUGCGUUCUUCGGGCCCAACGGAGCUCUGGGGGAGGUGUGGGACGAUGAGAUGUCAAGCAGCAUGUUAGGACACAGGCUGAGAAAGGUGGUGCAGAACUAUCAGGCGAUGAACAAGUAUGGGGUGGAGGUCUCUGGACCCGGGGGUGUGGUCAGCCGCCCCAAGGUGAGCGGUCCUGAGCUGCUCUGCGAGUUGAAGGAGAAGGUGGAAGUCGCCACUCUGACCCCUGAUCUUCAGCCCUUCUCUUCGCUGACCUGGGCAUCCCAGCUGCCCCCUAAACCUCUCACCUCUGACCUGGGCCCCUUUAAGACCUGCGCCGUGGUGUCAUCUGCUGGAUCGCUACGCUACUCAGGACUGGGGAAGGAGAUAGACUCUCAUGACGCCGUCCUCAGGUUCAACGCGGCACCCACUGUGGGCUAUGAGAAAGACGUUGGCUCCGUGACCACUAUCCGCCUCAUCAACUCACAGGUGAUGGCUUCAGAAGACCACCGUUUCCUGUCCAGUUCUCUGUACAGCACUGGUGUUCUGGUGGCCUGGGAUCCCGCUCCUUUCUCUGCUAAUCUCAGCAAGUGGUACAACAAGACAGACUACCCCAUCUUUGAUCAGUACCAACGCUACAGGAGGCUCCACCCACUCCAGCCUUUCUACAUCCUGCAUCCCCGCUUUGAGUGGCAGCUCUGGCAACGAAUCCAGGAUAACAUGGCAGAACCCAUACAGAAAAAUCCACCCUCUUCUGGCCUUCUAGGCACAGUUCUGAUGAUGUCAUUGUGUGAUGUCGUGCAUGUGUACGAGUUCCUGCCGUCCCGGAGGAAGACUGAGCUAUGUCAUUACUACCAGCGUUUCUACGACGCUGCCUGCACGCUGGGGGCCUACCACCCCCUGCUCUACGAGAAGAACCUCGUCAAGAGGAUGAACCAGGGGCUCGACCGGGACAUUUACACCCACGGCCGGGUCACAUUACCAGGCUUCAGAAGCCUCAAUUGUACCCAGAGAGCUGGAAGUCAUAAGGCAUUGACUUAAAUAGGCAGCUACCUCACAUCCCAACACAAAGACACAUACUUUCACAAAGAGACACACAAAUAUCCACCAAGAACUGCAUGUGGAUUUAACAUCCUAUCUUCAAACACUGUUACAGAUACACAUACCUCCUUGGCACAAGCAUGCCACACUGAAAGGCGUGAUAAAAAAAAUCUACCUAAAAAUUAACCUUUUAUGUUUUCAAAACGUACACGGCUUUCUUGUGUACGUUUUGAAACACACAAAGGACACACAUGCACACACCUGUUUGGUUGUUGGGCAGGCUUCUAUCCAUGUACAUACUGUAAACAUGUAUAUGGUCACAACACAGUGAGGUGCUGCUGUGGGCUGUCUCUCUCUCUCACCCAGCCCCUGUGUCUGAGGCGGGCCAGAGACCAGGGACAGCUACACGAAUGUCUCUGCAUGCCUGACUUGACGCGCACGCACGCACACACAUGCCCUCUCUACUCAAUGCCAAGGGGAAAUAAAAGAGAAGACAAGAUGAACUUUGAUAUCCUUGGAGAAAAAGGCACCUUUGGCCUACAAUGAGAUAAUCAUUAAAGUCUGGCUGUUUGGUUCCAGUACAGUAAAUAAAUAAAUAAAAGUACAAGUAGACUAGAAUAACAUUUGCUGAAUAUUAUAGACCAUUUAUUAGCGGUCGGACACCCUGAGUACGGCCAAUUGGGGAGAUUGCGCCUGUGUGGUGCUCUAAACACUGCAUCCCCUCACUUAACCAUAUAUCAAUAUUUGAAUGCAGACAGGGGACUUCAGAUGGGUAUUUGGUUAUUUAUACAACCAUGGACAAUCAAUUGAUAGAUGAUAUACAUCUACAGUAUAAUACUCGUACUCAACAAUAACUAGUUACCAAUAACCAAUAACUGCAGGCAGCUGAGCAGGAGUUUUCCUUGAAGCAGCGCAUCAAGAGCCUCCUGGUGGACAAGAAAAGGACGCGCCUGGAUUUGGGGGAAUUGUAUUUUUUUCACGGCCAGUUUAGUGAUAUAAAGGGAUUAGGGUUUCUAUCUAUCCUGCAAUCUUAAUUUGUGUUCGUAUUUUGGUGGCUAUCUUUAUUAUUUAAUCCCUUAGGAGGAUGGAUUUGUAUUUAUUGAUGUCAUUACAUUUUUGAGAGAAUGUCAAACAGAUUGUCUCUAAACUUAUUGUUGCACUCUUAUCGUUAGCCUCUUCCCCUGCUGGUUGUGGGUCAUUUAUUUGAAAAACAGGUUUUAUUUGUGGUGAGUUUAAACUUGUUUGGAGAGCAGACCUAAAGAAAAAGAACCAAGUUUGUUUUCAAGGCCACUAUUUCGUCACACUCAUGUUACUUUCUUGGUUUAAGAUAUUUUACAGCUAGUAUGAGGUAAAAGUGGACUUUUAGAACAAACCUCAAUGAACUGCUUUGAUCACGUAUCUCUCCUUUGUUUUAUUUUUCAAAAAUGUGUCUUUUCAAUCUGCAUUUAUGCUUUUAAAAAAGCAUGGCUGAAUAGUGUUGCAUGAUUUAACUACUGUAUACCUACUCAGUAUCUUAAUACCAACCCUAUACCAUACUUACCAUACUAAUUUUAUGGAAGAUUAAACAGUUGUUUUUUUAUGCUAGUGAUUAGUAUCACCAACCAGUCAAAACAAGCAGCUGCCUGCAACCCUGUAAGAUUACAUGUUAAACUAGUUGGUGUUUUUUCCAUGCGCAGUACAGAAACAAGUCAGCAAUGAAACGUUAUGUGCUUUAAAAAAGCAGUUGUAAAAAAUGUGGUAUAAUUUUAUGAAAGUAACUGGUGUUAUUUUGUUGGUCAAAUAUUGGUAUAGCCUGUGUCUGUUGCCAUUGUGGUUCUUUUAAAUCUGGUAUACAGUUAAUCUGUGGUAAAUGCAACAGCUGGAGACUGAAGCCGGAACAUGGCCGCAAGCUCUACAAGGCUUUAAACCUGAGACAGAUACAGCAUCCGUUGCAAUUAACCUACAGAGAAUGUAGUGACUGAGAAGGGAAAUCUAAUCAAAUUGCACUUUUAUCCAUUUUGGCAGUUAUCAGGACACACCUGUACUCUCUUUGAUUGAAAUAACACGUUAUGUCCCUACAUCUACUGUGCCAAUACAUUUCAUCUCAGGAAAUUAUUGUCUCCUCAACAAAGCAUGUGUUUUUCAUUUUCAGUUAAGCAUGAUCUUAUAUGGUCAUGGCUCCAUCUACAACACUGCCCUGGCACACAAGGCCACAUUAUCUAAAAAUGGCCUACAGUUAGUAAGUAUCAUUCCUUAAUAUAGACAUACCUAAAAGGAACACAGUGCUUUGAAAUUUGCUGGAAAGCAUUACUAGGAGGGUAUUUUGAUGACCAAUUUAGUUUUGUGACAGGACAUCAAGCAAAGGGAAAGAAUGUCAUUUUCUUGCAUUUGGGUACUUUAUCACUGCCUAUCUGUCACACAUCAACCCAUCCUGAUACACACAGAGUAAUCUCUCACAAAGCUUAAAUGCUGAUGAAUAUUGAUGGUUGCAAUAAUAAAUAUAUCCUGUAUACAUGUUUUUCCUAGGUCUCCUCUUCUGUAAUAUUGUCACAAAUGUCAAUACCGUGUUAAUGGAAUGUUCAAGUCAUGUUUUCAUUAAAGGGAGCUAUACUCAA